CACCAUCAGCGUGCAGCGACUGAACCAGAAAAUGCUCACGGCGGCAGCGUCAUGGCGCUGGCGAGCGUUUUGGGGCGCAACGGCCGCGGCAGCAAGUCCGACCGGGUGAGCAGGCCGAAAUCGUCGACAUGGACGAAGGACAAGCAGACGGCCGACGAUGAAGCUGUGGCGGCGCAGCCUGAUAUCGACGAGCUGCGACGCAAACGAGCCGAGUACUACAGCAAACCUUCAGAUGAGCGACGUCGAGUGUCGUCGAUAUUCGGGACCAAGCCGUCGACAAGGUCGUCGACGAAAUUGUCAGCAAAGUCCACGGCCUCUUCAACCGCGUCCAUGCCCCGGGCUGUGGCCGUUGCGCGAAGAAAGAGAAGGAACCCCACACGGACGACAGCCAAAACUAGCAAGCGAGCUCGCGUUGCUGCCGAUAAUGUCUACGCGCCGAUUGAGCGUACGACCGCGAUGCGAAGAGCGAGGUCUGUUGUAGGCAGAGGCAUCUCAGACGAGGAAGUUACACCGGAGGACAGCAUAUCGCAAGUAGGGCUGAAUCCCCCUUCGCGCCCAGCGAGAGCAUCGAGCGCAUCAUCUUCGAUUCCUUGCGGUAUCACUAGUGUGGACAGGCUGGAAGCAAUACCGGAGGAUCACGAGAAGCCUUCUACUUCUGCGAGACCGACGCAAAGGCGAGAUCGACGACAGCCCUCCCUACUGGGAUCCUUAUUACAGCGCAAUUCCACGAAACCACCGCGAGCCUCUCCGCGCUUAGUGGAGUGCUUGACAUGUGGUUCAGACGAUGUGCCGUCAACGAAGACUGCCAAAUUGAGCUGUGGCCAUCGAAUGUGUCACGAAUGUCUAAAGCGAGUGUUCGAAAUGUCCGUCAAAGAUCCUCAACAUAUGCCUCCCAGAUGCUGUACCAAAGAGCACAUCCCUCUCAAGCAUGUCGACAAGCUAUUUGAUCUAAAGUUCAAAGUACUAUGGAAUAAGAAGUAUGAGGAAUACCACACCAGGAACAGAGUCUAUUGCCCGACACCAAAAUGUGGGGAAUGGAUCAAGCCAUCUCACUUCCAUGUCACAAAAGGCCGCAAAUAUGGACUGUGUCCCAGGUGCAAUACCAAGGUCUGCACAUCAUGCAGUGCAAAAAUGCACAAAUCUGCAGAUUGUCCCAAGGAUCCGGAGAUCGCACAGCUCGUCAAACAAGGAAAGGAAGAAGGUUGGCAGUCUUGCUACAACUGCCAUGCAAUGAUCGAGCUAAAGGAAGGCUGCAACCACAUGACCUGUCGUUGCACAGCUGAGUUCUGCAUGAUCUGCGGAUCCAAAUGGAAAACGUGUGAAUGUCCCUGGUUCAACGCUCGCGAUCUUCCAAGCGCCGACAGACUAAACGACAUGCGAGUACCCGAAGAGAUUCAAGUAGUCUACAGAAGAGUCAUGAACGCAGCCGGAAUCCCUGUUCCAGGAGACCCACAGCAACCUGCAGGAGGCUACGUAGCCGAAUACCGACGACAGCGAACAUACAACGAAGAAAUGGAACACCGGCGACGUCAGGAACGUCUUGAUGCAGAACUUGCCCGAAGAAUGCAGCUUGGUCUUCUGCUGGAAGUCGAAGUUGAGCUAGAAGAUGAAGAACCGCGUCGAAGCCGGCAUCGAGCGGCACAUGAAGCUGCCUGGGGCCUCAACAACAAUGACCAAGGACAUUUUAUGAACGAUAAUUUCGUCGCAAAUGCUGCCAAUGUGGUUAUGAGCACUUUUGGUGAUGCGGCGAUGGGCAGGAGGGGCGAUCGAGAAUCGGGACGAAGACGUAGAGCACGACAGUCUGCUCGGCAGAACCUGGAUGACCCUGGACUUGUGCCGAAUUUUUUGGGUGACGAAAGUGUACUAGGAGUUGGACCUUCGAGGCGGGCGCGGUGAAGGAUCGAGAGAUUUACUUUGUGAUGUACGACGAGCAUGGAAGAAUGUGACCAAGAUAUGUGCAAUGAGGUACGGAGGAUACAAUGAACACAUUUCCGCGCUCUCACCCAAAUGACACCCAAAUGAAACAGAACUGAC